UCCUAAAGUGCUACCAUUCCCACAGUCCCUCCCUCCCUUUGCAAAUAGAUUUCAGCAGCAUGCAUUUACAAACCAAACCAUGUUUACUCAGCUUUCACACACACUCCAAUACAUCCAAAUGGAGGAAUCAGGAAGGGACUGCUGUCUGCUGUUAUAGCACCGCUCUCACAACUAUGCCUCCCUUUUCCUUUUUCUGCCAUGGACAAGCUAACCAUGCUCUUGUUUUUGCUGACAUUGUUCAUAUUCAAUAAGGAUGGCAGAGUCACGGCUGGCUUUAAAGGCUCGGCCCGUGCCAGCCUCACCCUUAUUGAUGGCACUCAGGACCAGCUGGCAUACCAUCACAACCAUCAGGACAAUCAUGAUGGAGGGUUCUCUGGCCAAGAAGGAUCGACGUUUACCCUCAGGGUUCAGGUGAAGAAUGCCGUGAGCCAGCAGCCCCUGAGCCACGCAUCAGUGGAAGUGUUUGUAAACUACACACUCAUCAACUCCACCAUGACAGGCAGGGAUGGAGUCACCGUGCUCAGGGUGCCAUACACACACAGUUGGCCUCUCAUGCUGGUGGCCAGAAAAGAUGGCUACAUCCAAACACCACUGCUGUGGAAAACCACCAAAAUUCCAAUUUUUUCAUCUGUAACACUGCCACUUUUCUACCAAAACCAAGGAAACAUAUGGCUGUUUGAAGAUUUGGUCAUCAUAACAGGCAAAAUGUCUGAUACUGUGCCACCUGCAAAUGUGCAGUUCCCAAAGAGGCUGCUCUCUCUACCAGACAACAACAUCUCUUCAAUAACAGCCUACCUGACUGUGCCUAAACUGCCUGCAGAGAAACAUUUCUUCCCCAACACCACAGGCAUCAUCAUGAGCAAGUCAGGCUUUAGGAGUGUUGAGUUAAACCCAAUUGCAGCAGUUAGUGUCCAGCUCUUGUAUAAUGGAAUUGAUGUGCAGAUAUCAGGCCCUGUCCAGAUCACAUUACCUCUUGCUGAAAGCAGCCAAUCACAGCUCUCCUAUACUGUCCCAGCCUGGUCAUUUGACAGAAAGACUGGUGUAUGGGUGAAUCGUGGUUUGGGAACAGUUCAAAUGGAGAACAGACAUUUGGUUUGGGUCUACACUGCUCCCCAUCUGGACUACUGGAUUGCUGCCCCUUUUCCCUCAUCCACUGGUUACAUGGGACAUGAAAGCCCUCUGGAUUUCAUUUCAUACAAUGCAUACCUUCUUAUUCCAGUAGUAGGAGGAGGUUUAAUUAUUGCUGUAGGAUUGCUUGCUGUGGUGUCAUGUUAUUGUAGAGACUCCCUGUGUAAGCGAAAAAGAAAGCGAGUCCACAGCCGAAAAACAGCCGUUCAGAAGAAAGACCAGACCACUGGUAGAAACAACAGCAAUGAGCAGUUGGACAUUUCUUUUAAAGCUCCUACACACAAACACAGGCAUCGUUCAGCUGCAUUUCAAAGCACAUCAGUCUGUAAGAGGGAUCAUGAAAACAUAGCUAAAAGUUCUCAAGAGUCUACAAAAACCUUACAGACGCCACAAAAUGUUAACAGUAGUGAGCUUGUGAUACCGGUCUCGCUGCAUGAAAAUGUGUGUCUUCCUGAAAGCUUAGUUCUGUAUAACCAGUCUGUAGCUUUGAUUCAGGUUCCACACCACGUCACUUCAUCAGACCAAGCAUCAGGAAGCAGGUCCGCCACGCUACCUAGGAAGGCGGUCCAGUACAGUGGCCUGGAAAAACCAAAAAUGGCACUACUCUCAGAUUUCAAACAGCAAGACAUAACUAUGGAGAUGACAUAUGAAGAGCCCAGAGCUAAAGGCUGGAGCUGCUUGUUGGAGUCUGUGUCUGUCCCAGACACCCUGAACAAAGCUACAGGGAUGGACACUUCCUGUGGGACUAAUCAAGGAAGCUCUGAGCAGACACUACUGGAGCUGUCCAAAAAUAAACCCUUCCCUCAUCCAAAAGCUUGGUUCGUUUCUCUGGAAGGAAAACCUGCUGCACAGGUCUGCCACUCCAUUGUAGACCUUCGGAAAUGUCACCUCCUACUCACUGACAGUCAGGACACCAGUCUGGACUCAGGCGUCGACCUCAACGAGCAGCAUCAAAAGCAGAACCAGAGCUAUCUGAAAAGAAAUACAGCUCACACACAGGCAAUCCACUCAGAGAAUGCACAUCUGAGCAGCUGUGAGAGUGGUACAAUCAUAGCCUGCACCCCAGAAGAGCUCUUGCUCAAAAACACACACCAGAGCAGCGGUGGAACCGUGUCCUACUUACCAGAGGAGAAAUGCGAUGAUGACACGUCAUACGAGGGCAGCGAAUGUGCACCAAGCCCUCGAGUGCAAAGGCUUAGGAAGGCAAAGGAAAAGCCAAAAAGCACCUGGCACCUGAGGGAGGAAAGACCGCUUAUGAAGCUAAACUAAAAGCACAUUGUUAAAAAUGGUUUAGUUAUUAUUAUCAUCACCACCAUCAUCGUCAUAUCAUAUAGACUAUAAAACCUAAAAUAAAAUGUCCAUUUACUGAAAACACUGCUAGAAGCCAUCAUGUUCAAACUUUAAGUGUUUCCUUUCUGUAACAUUUCUUCUUUUUUUUCUCCUUUAAACAUAAUAUUAUCCUUGCAAAGUUAUGUAAUCUUUUAUUUUUUUUAACUGCAAUGGGUUUAUUUAUUUGUUUCUUUCUUUUACACAGAUAAUUCUACACAGAUAUUUUACACAGAUAAUUCUACACAGAUAUUCCACUUAAUUUCACAGUGAAAUUGUACUUAAGCCUUGUACAGUUGAGGUCACAAGUUUACAUACUCCUUGUAGAAUCUGCAAAAUAUUAAUAGCUUUAAAAAAAAAAAAAUUUUUGAAAAGAUGGAUCGUAAAAAAUGCA